GAGCGGCGUCGCCAUAAUAAGGAACAUCCUGCUUUCGACAGAGAGGGGGAGGAUAGAGCUGAGGUCUGGCAUCUCCCGGUAGUAGGCUAUAUCUACCAGGUCUUGAACACUAAAGGGUCCAACAGAGGGGGACAAAAUAAUAGAAAGAAAAGGGCUUCCGUCGUAGGAAGAAGGAAUCUCCACUCGUUUUAUGCCUGGUACCAUUACCGGAGAAGGACACACGCCGGUUUAGUGUUUUACCGAUACGGAUUAAUAACACGCCAGACGGAUGUUCGCGAGGAGGGGCGGUGCACUCUGAAGUUAGAGACUACUGCCUACCGAGAGAAGCGCUUGUUCCCCCGUGAAGGUUCGCGCCCCCCAGCCACAGCAUGAAGCUGCCGCCUUGUCUGAUGACGAUACUCGCGGCGCUGCUCGCUCACUCCGCGCUGGGUCAGACCUGGGUUCCGUAUAUAGAUCUAGAAGGUUCUUCUGGAGAUGAGUUCUAUGAUGACGAAGACCUCUUCUCAGGCUCUGGAUCUGGCUUUCCAGAGAUGAAGGUCAACCCUACAGCGGUGGGUGUGUCUUUCAGCACUGAGGAGCCCCUUCCCCUUUCCACCACCCAGGCUACUGGCCCCGCCCCCUCAGCCCCACCUGCAGCCGAGCCCAAUCCCAACCCCGACGCUCUCCCCCACCCCACUACCCACUGAGGGAGAGGGGGAGAGUGGGAUAGAGUGGGAGAGAGGGAGGGAGAGGGAGAGGGAGAGGGAAAGAGAGAGAGUAAGGGAGAUGGAGCGGGAGAGAGAACGAGAGCGGGAGAGGGAUAGAGAGAGGGAGAGAGAAAAGGAGAGGGAGAGAGAAAGAGAGAGAGAGAGGCAACGGGAAAUAGAGAGGGAACGAGAAAGAGAACGUGAAAGAGCGAGAGCCGCCCAGACCACCAUCUCACCCCGUGGCCCGGCGGCUGUUCCCAUGGCGACCACCAGCACAGCGACGCCUCUGGCGGAGAGUGUAGCACCCUCUAGUGGCGUGCAGGACCUGGUCACCACAGAAGAAGAGGACGAGGAUGUCUACCUGUCCCCAGACCCCACCACCAGUAUGCCUAUGGAGACCACCACAGAAGAAGAAGAAGAGGAAGAAGUGACCACUACAGAUACAGAGACCACACCCCUCCCAAAGACAACAGCUCCACCCACUACGAUUGGCCCAGCCCUAACUGAGAGGUCUAGCUCCGCCCCCUUUAGGCCCAGUGUUCUGGUGACCACGCCUAUUAAAGCCGCACCCACAGAGAGGAGCACACGCCCACAGCAGCCUUCUACGACAAUGAAUAAUGAAUUAGGGGUUAAUGGACCCAGCGGAGACUUUGAGAUCCGGGAGGAGGACCGUCGCCAGGGCAACGAGGUUGUUGGUCGUGGCCUUGGCAUGGAGACUGGGGCAGAACCUGAUCUGAUUGGCAACACAAUUAACACAGGAAGUUCUGCCGCUCAACUUCCUCAGAAGAACAUCUUGGAGAGGAAGGAGGUUCUGAUAGCGGUGAUAGUGGGGGGUGUGGUGGGGGCCCUGUUUGCAGCAUUCCUGGUCAUGCUGCUGGUGUACAGGAUGAAGAAGAAAGAUGAAGGCAGCUACACACUGGAGGAACCCAAGCAAGCCACCGUCACCUACCAGACUGACAAACAGGAGGAGUUCUACGCAUAACACACACACACAGAGAGAUGCUUAUCACUCCAGCUCCCUUCCCGUCCUGUCGCUUCACAUCUCCUUCCCACCCUUCUCCUGUAUCUUCCUCCCUCUCUUCUCUCCUAUGUUCCUGUCCUCCAUGUCAGUUGGUACUGAGAGUGCCCGUCUCUCCACGGACUCAAACAUUUCUUUAAAAAAUAUAAAUACACCUUUAAAAAAAAUAACAAAAUAAAUAUAUCAGCUGGAAAAAAACAUAUAAAAAUGUGAUACACAAUUUUUUUUAAAGUAAAUGUUGUUAUUGAUAUUAUAUGAUUAUUGUUCUGAUGAUGUAAUGAACUGAUUAUUUUGUAAAAACACAAGCUCUUAUCCGGUGUUCUAGCACAAUACUCUAGUGUCUGUUCCACGGAGCGAAUGAGCCAAGUGAAAGAGGGAUGGGGGAGAAGAAGGGACAGACAAACAGAGGAGGAAAGAGAGUGUCAUCUGAUUGGCCACACAGACACUGGGGUCAAAGGUUAGAGGAAAGGUCUCUAUUGUAGUGCCUUCCAUUGCCCUGGUGCUCUCUCACACACACACACACACACACACACACACACAUGGCUUGGACCCCUCUCUCUGUGCUUGGCCAAUCAGAGUAGGGGAACCCUCCCACAACGCUCUGACAACCUCAGGACAACGUUGUGGCAGCAUUCACUGGUAGUUAGCAAGCGAUUCUAACCAGGGAUAAAGUGUUAAAUAUAAUGGUGGGUAAACAAACCGCUGGGGUAACAUAAACAUUAGCUAAUGCUAACAACGCUACCUGAUUGUAGUAGUUGUGUAAACACUGUUCACCAAGUGAAGGGGUGUUUAAACAACAGAUUACGAGUGUUUACCCUCCUCAACAUCCCUGGGUUGUAUUCAUUAGGCACCAAACAAAGAAACGGACUGAAACAGAGAGGACUACCUGGUCCAAUAAGAAAUGCACAUUUCCGUAUUCCAUUGCAAAAUGUUUUACAACGUUUUCCGUUGUGUGUCAAUGAAUACGACCCUGGUGCUGAAUGCUAACACAGGGCUAGCGGCUAGCUGUCUGGUUUGCUCCUUUACGCUGUACAAAGGUGAUUAGUUCUAUGGAUAGUAAUAAUAACCAAUAAUAUAUCAAUGUUCUGGACUGGUUGGUAAAUAAUAGUAAUAAUGAAAAUAAUACUCGAAUGAACGAAAGGAUGUGUAUUUAGCGGUUUCAAAAGUUUAUAUGUAAAUAUCAUUGGUUGAAAUACUUUUUCUGUCGUUGCCACUAACCAGUCGCAUGAUCACCAUUUCUAUAUCACGUCAAUCUGUGGAGCUGUGCUCUCAACACACACACACCACACACACACUCACAAGUACGCACUCACACACUUAAGCAAAUAUACACACGCCGUACAUGCAAGCAUGCGCUCACAAGCUCAAACACACACACACAAAUAUAUCACUUGCGCUUCAUUGACUAAAUAUAUAUAUAUUAUAUAUCAUAUCACUCACUCACCAAUUAUCAUUAUCCUCAUCACACAAGCUGGUUUCAGUACAUUAUUAAUAAGUGACUGAUCAGUUGCUGGUUGGUUAGAGUUUGGUCCGUUGUGUAAAGGCACCAGCAUGUAUCCAUCCAAUCCCCUGCAUGCUCUUUCUUUCUCUUCUACCAUUGGCUGUCUAUUUGGGGGUGGGGUGGUCUUUGGGACUGUGAGGGAGGGGCUUACGAUGCUGAAAGUGGCUCUUCAAGUAGAAGUUGUCCAUCAGUAGGUGUGGGGACAGGAGUUAAGGUGGGGGCUGUGGGUAGGUGUGGGGACAGGAGUUGAAGUGGGGGCUGUGGGUAGGUGUGGGGACAGGAGUUGAAGUGGGGGCUGUGGGUAGGUGUGGGGACAGGAGUUGAAGUGGGGGCUGUGGGUAGGUGUGGGGACAGGAGUUGAAGUGGGGGCUGUGGGUAGGUGUGGGGACAGGAGUUGAAGUGGGUAGGGGUGGGGACAGGAGUUGAAGUGGGGGCUGUGGGUAGGGGUGGGGACAGGAGUUGAAGUGGGGGCUGUGGGUAGGGGUGGGGACAGGAGUUGAAGUGGGGGCUGUGGGUAGGUGUGGGGACAGGAGUUGAGUUGGAGGCUGUGCUUUCUAUCUAAGAUUGUAACAAUAACCAACACACCAGUACGACUGGACUAGUAGCUUCUAAUAUAUUCAGUACUGUAGAACAACUGCAUGGGAGUCAAACUAUACUAGUCUGUGUGUGUGUGUGUGUGUGUUCUGAGAGGAAUGUACUGUGGGCAGGUGUGUAUUUUACCUGCUCCAGCAGUUCUGACGCUCUUCCAUAGUCAGGUAGUCACACCUGUACCCCUGUGUGUGUAUGUAUGUAUGUAUGUGUGCGUGUGUGUGUGUGUGUGUACGCCUCAACUGCUUUGCCCCCUCUUUUUUUUAAGCAGUGAACGCCUCACUCUUAUUUCACAUCAGACUCGUGUGUGUGUGUGUGUAGGUCUCACCUGUUCACUGCUGAAUGUGGGGCUAGUCUGCUUUUUCACACCCAAUCUGUCACUCACGGUCUGUUUGUCUGUAGCAGGACUGACUGACGUCACACAUCACAGACAGAACUGACCUGAACUGUCUUUUCUAAACUUACCUUCCAACUGUUAACAUGUGUUUGUACCCAUAUAAGUCUGCAUAGCCAAAUAAUAGAGAGAGAGAGAGAGAGUGUGUGUGUGUGUGUGUGUGUGUGUGUGUGUGUGUGCCAAGUUGGUGGAAGGCCACACCACACUGUGUUUGCUGUUACUGUUACCCAUCCUGUUUUUAUACAUUUGCAUUUUUUAAGGCUGUUUCUGUCAUUGGCUGCUGAGCGCCGGGAGGCGGACCUCUGCGCCACGGCCCUGCCACUAAUUUGCCACUCUGUUCCAAAUAAAAGACCUCAUUGGUUAACA